AUGCUCAUCAACCCCCAAACCAACCUCCCUCCCAUCCCUCCCGCCGCCGAAACCUUCCCCUCCGCCACAUCCACCACCCCCUUCUGGCGCACCCCACCCCACCCCCUCGACACCCACCGCUCCACGCCCACCCUCCCCCCCAAAACCGACAUCCUCAUCAUCGGCGCCGGCAUGACCGGCAUCUCCCUGGCCUACCACCUCCUCCGGUCCCCCUCCCCCAACACCACCAACACCACCACCACCACCGGCCCAACACCCACCAUCACGAUCCUCGAAGCCCGCCAACUCUCCUCCGGCGCCACCGGCCGCAACGGCGGCCACGCCAAACUCCCCUUCUGGCACCUGCAGCACCUGCACAACCACCACUCGGCCGCCGAGGCCGCCGAGCUAGGCGCCUUCCAGCUCGCGCACCUCGCCGCUUUGAAGGCAGUCGUCGACAAGGAAGCCAUCGCUUGCGAGCUGCUCGUGACGCGCAGCUUCGACGUCUACAUGCGGCGCGACGUCUGGGAACGCCGCGUGGCGGACGUGGCGGCGUUGCGGAACGCCGGAGGCCGGGCGGCGGCGGAGGUGCUGCGGGAGGUGCAGGUGUUGGAUGCGAAGGAGUGGGGCGAGGAGGCAUUGGCGCGGAUUACGGGCGUGGAGGGGCCGGUGGCGGGCGCGUUGGCGGUGCCGGCGGUGAGUCUUUGGCCGUAUCGCUUUGUGUGUGGGCUGGCGGAGAGGAUCUUGGGGGAGGUGAAUCUGCAGACGGGGACGAAGGUGGUGGGGGUGAGUGAGGGGGUGGAUGGGGACGGGUAUUACAGUGUCAAGACGACGGAGAGGGGGGAGGUCAGGGCUAGGAAGGUCGUGUUCGCCACUAAUGCGUAUACGGCGGGCGUGGUGCCGGCGUAUGAGGGGGUGAUUGUUGGCUUGAAGGGGACGGCGUGUAAGGUUAAUAAGAAGGGUGGUGCGCCCAGGGGACAGGUCAGGACGUGUACCUACAACAUCUUCAAGGAGGAUGGCCAGGUCGAUUACCUGAUCCAUCGGGCGGAUGGCGGCGCUGUCGUCGGCGGCGCAAGGGAGGCAUACCCCGCGGAUCUGACCGAGUUCGUCGGCACCAUGGACGAUGCCACCCUCCUGUCGCCGGACAAGGCCAGGGAGUACUUCGAGCGCCGCAUGGAGACCGCCUGGGCCGACUGGAAGGAAUGUGGUGUGGAGAUCGACAAGAUCUGGACGGGCAUCAUGGGUGGCACCCCCGAUGGCUACCCGCACAUAGGCGCCGUUCCAGGCAAGGAGAACCAGUACAUCUGCGCCGGCUUCAACGGCGCCGGCAUGCCGCAUAUCUUCCUGUCGGCGGAGGGCCUGGCGAGGAUGAUUCGCGACGGAGCCGCGUUUGAGGACGUCGGCAUCCCAAGCAUCUUCAAGGCUAGCGAGGAGAGGAUGAGGGAGGGGUGGCCGGCGGAUAAGUUCACCAAGCCCAAGGGGCUGCGGUGA